UGUGAGUUUGGUACCAGACGAGACGAUGGGGGCAGCAUUGGCAAGAGCAGCUCAGUGGACUGCUGCUGGUUCUGGAACUGGCACGCUUGAAAUCACCCCUUUGAACGAAUCUCUUUUGAAUCAAAUUAUUAAGUUUGUGGAGGACUUCAGCGCUAGGCACCCUCGGGAAGCAGCAGUUGUCUUCAGAGAACCCCUCGAGUGGAAAACACAGUUGGACUCCUCGGUGUUUGGAGAGGGGUAUGAGAUCAAUGAAGCAACUGUUCAGUCUGAAGCCAAAGGUAAAGAUGGCCAGCCACUGCUGCUCCUCACCGAAUCAACUCUCAGAGUUCGCAGUUUUGACCAGCUGUCCUGUUUGCUACAAAUUGCUAUGGAAAAAAAGUUAAAGGAAGCACAGGCAUGCCUUGAAGCCAACAGAGACCCUAUAGUGAAAAUUCUUGGCCCUGAAUAUGGAACUGUUGAAGGAGAAGAUACGUCCGUGUUGCAUUUACUCGAAAAAGUGAAAAAAGAUGAUGACCCUGAAACAGAGAUGAAAAUGAAAAUCCUUGUUCUUCUUCAUCAGUUUGAUACGCAACUGCUUAACAGUGCUUUGAAACAAAUUUCACAACAAGUAAGACUAAAUCCAGCUGCUGUAAAUGAUGAAGUGAAUCUUCUCAAGAAUUUCUCUGGAGAAGGAGAAGAUACAGUAUUGGAAUCACUGGAAUAUACAUCAGAUUACGUAUUCUCUAAUGGAUGCCAAGCGCCUCCCUGGAGACAAGUACAUGGAGAAAUUUGUUAUUUAGUCAUCAAACCACAUGACACUGAUCCUUUGUCCAUCACUUGCAGCACAGCAGGAGUGUUUUUAAAUGGAGGUCGGCUAGAGGGUAAAAAUGACAUUGACUAUGAAAGAAAAAGCGAUGUAUAUAAAGAUAUUGUGACAUUUCUAAGGGAGAUAUCACCUACAUUUGUAGAAAAUAUGGCUAAGCAGGAAUAUAAUUUUUUUAAAGAGCCAACAUACGAGAAGAGUUACCAGCCUGUGGAAGGAGCUGAUGCUAAGGACUCUGGCCAAUCCAAGAGCCUUCAUGAUUUUAAAGAAGAUAAUGAAAUAUCAACAGUCAUUGUCACCAUGGUUAGUAUUUGUACAACACCAGGCAAGUUUGAAGAUGUUGUUGAAAGUUCCUCAGAGACUGAGGAAGAUGAAGAACAGCCUGUAUAUCAUCAGGAAGGAAGCUCUGAUUUGCCACCAGAAUACUGGGGAAUUCAGAAACUUGCAAAGUAUUUAAAGGGAGGUAAUCCAACAGCUACUGUCAUCUCAUUGUGUUGUUUGAGAGAUUUCAAUCUGGCUGAAGAAACUUGUCAGUUGGCCAUCAGGGAUCUUGGAUGUCUUGAAGUGUUAAUUAAUCUACUUGAUACAGAAGAAAUUAGAUGUCAGAUUGGUUCAUUAAAAAUCCUGAAGGAAAUUAGUCAAAAUAUACUGAUCAGACAUGCAAUUGCAGAUCUUGGGGGUUUAGAGAUCAUGGUGGACAUACUGGACUCUCCAGAUGAAGAAGUAAAAUGUUUGGCAGCUGAAACGAUUGCUUAUGUUGCUAGAUUUAAAGAUGCCCGAAAGACAGUAAGGCAGCGUGCAGGCAUCAAGAAACUGGUUGGGCUGUUGAAAGGUACUUCAGUGGCAUCAACCAAUCUAACCCUAUGCCAAGCGAGAAAUACUGAAAUGGCACGCUGUGGUGCCUUGGCACUCUGGAGCUGCAGCAAAAGCACCAAAAAUAAAAAAGCAAUCCAUGAAGCUGGUGGCAUUCCAUUACUAGCUAGAUGGCUCAGAUGUUCAGUUGCAGACAUCUUAAUUCCUGUAGCAGGGACACUGCAAGAAUGUGCCUCAGAGCAAAGUUACAAACUUGCAAUAAGGACAGAAGGAAUGGUUGAGUACUUUGUGAAAAAUCUGAAUAGCGAAUAUGAGGAGCUACAGCUGCAUUGUGCAAGUGCCAUAUUUAAGUGUGCAGAAGAUAAAGUAACACGUGACCUGGUUAGACAACAUGGAGGUCUACAGCUACUGUCUGCUCUGCUUGAUAACUCUGAAAACAAACAACUUUUAGCAGCUGUGACAGGAGCAAUCUGGAAAUGUGCAGUCAGUGGAGAAAAUGUGUCAAAAUUUCACGAAUGUAAAACUGUAGAAUCUUUGAUAGAACUGCUUACUGAUCAGCCUGAAGAAGUCCUUGUAAAUAUUGUUGGAGCACUGGCAGAAUGUUGCCAAGAGCCAAAAAAUCGAUCUAUUAUCCGUAGAUGUGGUGGAAUACCACCUCUAGUGAAGUUACUUACUGGAACUAAUCAGUCACUACUGGUGAAUGCCUCCAGAACAGUGGGAGCUUGUGCAACAGAGCCUGAAAAUAUGAUAAUAAUUGACCGUCUUGAUGGAGUUCGUUUGUUAUGGUCAUUGUUGAAACAUUCUGACCCAGAUGUUCAAGCAAGUGCAGCUUGGGCUAUUUGUCCUUGCAUUGAAAAUGCUAAGGAUGCUAGGGAAAUGGUUCGAUCCUUUGUUGGUGGCUUGGAACUGGUAGUCAGUUUGCUAAAAUCAAAGAAUAAAGAAGUUUUAACAAGUAUAUGUGCAGCCGUUACAAAUAUAGCUAAAGAUGAAGAAAAUUUAGCUGUUUUAACAGACCAUGGAGUCAUCCCUCUGCUGUCCAAGCUAGCAAACACAAGAAACAACAAAUUAAGACGUCACCUGGCCGAGGCCAUUUCCCACUGCUGUGUGUGGGGGAACAACAGAGCUGUGUUUGGAGAGGCCAAGGCUGUAGCCCCACUAGUUCGUUACUUGAAGUCAGAUGAUCCGUCAGUUCAUAGAGCUACAGCUCAGGCUUUGUACCAGCUUUCAGAGGAUCCCAACAACUGUAUCACCAUGCAUGAAAACGGAGUGGUGAAGCUCCUACUGACAAUGGUAGGCUCUACAGAUGAAGCUCUGCAGGAGGCGGCAGCUGGUUGCAUAGCAAACAUUCGCAGAUUGGCUCUAGCAACAGAAAAAGCCAAGUAUGGCUGA